CGAAGAAGCAAGCCCCUAGGUUAGCCUAGUCUGUCUAGAUCUUAAUCGAUCUCCACGCAGGGCCGUUCUUUGGCCUAUAGGCUUCCCGCUGCGCCGUGGAGAUGCUUUCAAUAUCCGGCCCUCGCAGCCGGCCAAUCGCUGUCCCCUGUCAACCCCGUCAACCACAUUUAGAGAGAGCUAAGUUCUAGGCUGAGCGCUAUGCUUGUUCCUGAAUUUGAUAACCUUCCUAAUUCUAGCAGCGCUGUGUACUUUUGGUAUAUUGUAACUGAUCGGGCGAUGACUCUUCUGCCUACUAUCAUGGGUCGCUUCGGCGCGAAGUCCCAUUCGGGACAACUCAAUCUCACUCCAUGAGAUUCGGGAAAUUAUUAGGCAGGAGAUAAGUAGGCACCGACUUAGAACGGACCUAUCUCAUGCCUUAAAUUUUAGUCACACAUUGUAGGACCUCACUAUACUCUAGUGUACGGCUGUCACUAUGCAGGAUAGCCAACCCCUAACUCGGGCGAGAAUCGCUGGGUUCGAAUGGUUGCUCUUCGUUCAUAACCGCGCCGCCUUCUGUCUCUCUCUCUUUUUUCUUUUCUUUUUUUUCUCAUCACCACCAGUUGAGUUGACAAGAAACGGCAUAUUAGCCAGCCGUGGCAAACGUCUUGUUUGCGUCCUUUCGUUGAGUAGCUUGACGAUCACAUUCAUUACGGCCUUGGCCACUUUACGAUCUUUACGUAUCACAUAAUCUCUUAAUACGUCGUUCAAGAUGCAGUUGAAAAUUUCAGUUUUGGUUGCCGCCCUUUCGGCUUCCUCUGCUUUUGCUACUUACACCAAAGACUAUAAGCUGAAUGCUUAUUGGGGACAAUCAGGACCUGACACCGAUAGUCUUGGUACGCACUGCGAGUCCGAUAGCAUCGACUAUGUUACUCUUGGUUUCGUGAACAACUCUCCCGAAAAUGGAAACGGCACUGGAUACCCGGGCACAAACUUUGCUGCUCACUGUGCGGCCGAGGUUUAUGUCAACAACAACCGGAACUCUAAGCUUCUCAGCUCGUGUUCUUUCAUCAAGGAUGACAUCAAGAAGUGUCAGCAGCUGGGCAAGAAGGUGUUGCUUUCUAUCGGAGGAGAAUUCACUUCCUCGAGCAACUAUACCCUCUCCUCUGUACAGGCUGGUAUAGAUUUCGCCGACUUCCUUUACAAGGCGUUCGGUCCUUUCAAGAGCGGCUACAAGGGGCCUCGACCUUUCGAUAUCAGCAGCACGGAACACAUCACUGUCGAUGGUUUCGAUUUCGACAUCGAGACCAAGUUCAGCAACCAGCAGCCAUAUGUCAACAUGGUGAACCAUCUUCGUGACCUCAUCACCGCUGACAGCAAGAGCAUUCUUCUCACUGCUGCUCCGCAAUGCCCGCAGUCUACUGAUUAUUUCCAGAUGAAGAUCAUCCUUCAGCAGGCUAAGUUCGACAAGAUCUGGAUCCAGUUCUAUAACAACCCCAUCUGCGAGGCCUGGACCACUGGCUUCAACUAUAAUGACUGGGAGAGCUUCAUCAGCGGCGGUGUUAACAGCGCCGCUGAGCUCUUCAUCGGUCUUCCCGGCAGCGCUUCCGCUGUUGGCCUACUCGGAAGCGGCUACAUCCCGGCUCAACAGGCUCAGGAUCUGAUCUGCACGUACAAGAAGAAGGAGCACUUCGGCGGUGCCAUGUUGUGGGAUGCCUAUUAUGCCUCUCAGAACAAGAAUCUUGCAGGAAAGAACUACUACAACUUGGUUGCUGAGGCCUUGAAGUGCGGUGGCUGUGACGGGGAUGUCUGCAAGCCUGUUACAACUAGCAGCUCGGCUACGACUUCGUCCACUACAAGCUCCACCACAAGCUCCUCCACUAGCUCUUCCACUAGCUUUUCCACCUUGUCGACCGUCAGCACCACCAGCUCGUCUAUUUCCUCGACGGCCAGCACUACGUCUACCUCGAGCUUUGCCUCUAGCACUAGCAGCAGCAUCUCUACUUCCAGCUCUGUUGCCACAUUAAGCAGUGCUUCGAGCUCAAGCUACAUUGCUACAUCCAGCAGCACCUCCAGCUCAGGAUAUCUUGUGACAUCAAGCAGUGCUUCCAGCUCAAGCUAUAUUGCUACGUCUACCAGCUCCUCAGUUUUCAGUUCCAGCUCCUCCAGCUCCACUAGCUCCUCGGCCUCCAGCGCGGCAACUAGCAGCAGCGUGUUUUCCACAUCGUCUUCUUACGACUUUACCUCCAGCAGCUCAGCAUCUGCUAGCGAAACCUACGCGGACAGCACAUCGUCUUCCAGCAUCGCGACUGCCACAGAGUCCUUGACAAGCUCAUUGAUUACAAGCAGCAGCACUCUCUCAGUAAUCUCCACCAUCUCUAGCUCUUCGUACAGCGCCUCGGCCACUUCUUCGGAAGACGACUGCCCUCCUGAUGAGACCUCCAGCUCAUUCGCCGAGUCGUCCACUUACAGCGUCUCAACCAGCAGCUACCCUACCGUAUCGGUCACAUCCAGUGUUUCGAACAAUGCCUCGGCUAGCAGCUAUCCUACCGCUUCCCUGACUUCCAGUGCUUCGAACAGCGUCUCCGAGACCCAGUCUGUGAGCGCAACCUCGUCUCCUUACCCUACCGGUAGCGCCUCCACCACGGAGUACACGACCAGCACCGUCUAUUCUACUACCGUUUACACCGUGACGUCGUGCGCCCCUAGCGUCACCAACUGCCCGGCUAAGGGUUCCGUCGUUACCAAGACGAUUGCUCUGUACACCACCGUGUGCCCUGUCACCGAGACGCAAAAGCCGACACAGAACCCCACUGCCGUUCCCUACACAAGCACCAUCUACAGCACCCGCAUCAGCACCAUCACCAAGUGCCCGCCCAGCGUGACCAACUGCCCCGUCGGCUCCGUCACCACCGAGACCGUUGCCAUUGAGACCACGAUUGUCCCUACCACCGUUAAGACGACGGCCGAGACCAAGCCCACUACCUCUGGCGUAGCCUCGUACCCCGUCGGCGGCGGCAACCAAUACCACCAGGCCUCGCCGUCCAACGACGUACAGACUGCCGCGGUGUCCAGCUACCCCUUAGCGUCUAACAGCGUGCAGACCGCUGCCGCAUCUAGCUAUCCCGUCGUGAACACCCCAGCCGCCUCUUCCCCCAGCGUGCAGUCCGUGUCCACCACGCUGACCGUCGCCGUCUACCCCACGGGCAAGAGCGGCUACAACAACGGCAACACCAACGGCACCGUCUCGUCUUACAGCGCCGGCACGGGAUACCCCGUCGCACCCACGACUACUUCCGCCGGCAGCGGAUACACCGCCAUCGUGUGCAACGGCGCUGGCUGCUCGGCCUCGACCUCGUACCCUACGGCACCGGUAGUUACCGCCGGCUCGGCUAAGGUUGCUUCUUUGAGCCUUGGCCUGUUGGCUGUUGUGGCUCUCGUUUUGUAAGAGGAAAGUAGGGGGGAUUGGUUGGACGAGUGUGUGUUGGUAUAGUUAUGUUAAUGUGAAAUGUAUAAUAGGUACAUAUAGCAUGCAUAGAGAAUAAUGAGUUGAUUUAAACAUAUUUUAAACUGAAUGUUCUAGCGCGUGAUAUUGCGUGUUAUAUAAGUGAAGAGAUAUGAGCAUUUGCUUACCAGGUAUUCCGAAGACGGGUAUGGACUUGGAUGCAUGACUAGGUCCUUUACGAAAAUAAAAUAAAAUAAAAUAAAAUGGUAAGCCGAAAAAAUAAAAAUAAAAACCCA